AUAUGAAGGCGUAUCAUUAUACACGUUACGUUUGUUUGGAAGCAAUUGCGAGUCGCGACUAACAGACAGUGACGAAUAUUGGACUCCUCGGGAAAGAAACAGUCGAUCGAUGGCCGUGUGUUCAAAAAGGUCCGAUCGAACCGUUAUUUGUCAGUGAGUAUCUUUCAAGUGGUGAACGGGUUUCAUUGUGAUAAAAACAGCAAGCGAGCUCUCUUACGUUAAAUCUUGGUAUUAGUGGCCCUGAGCGACUUAUACCGCGAGUUUUGUGUGAGUUAAUUACCAAAGUAGUGUAUUCGUGGAAUGAGAUACGAAUGAUAUCAAGCGUGGUGUACGUGUGAAUCUGUUGAUCGAUAUCACGAACUCGAUACUUUUGCUUAUUUCAUAUUGCACAAACUUCUAUUCUACGCCGUGGUUCCACGCAUAUGUAUAUACGAAUCGCGGUUUUUGUUCCCGGAUCAUGCUUAUAUUACGUAUAAAAUUGCAUUCCCAACAAGACCUAACCUCUUUCUAAGAAAUAUCGCGGCCACUCGGAGCAACGUUAUCGAUUCGGAACACGUUGAUUCUGAUCACGUCGGCGAAACAAAACGAACAAACUUGCGAGAACAUCUAUUGGUUUCUCCGGUAUCGAACUGCAAGUUGUAAUUGUCCGACAACUGUUAUAUCUCCUUUAAGCGACAAAUGACCUUCAAACGAGUAAAGCUCUUUAAGACCUUUUCUGGUGUGUGAGGUAGUCUGAACCGACAACAUCGAUUAUCUACAAGCUAUCAGUGAACUUCGUAGAAAAACUGUCGCAACCAAAAUGUCCAAAAUAGUUACAAACGGGAAAGUGAUUUUACGAAAGAAAAAAUAUAAAACGAAAACAAAUGAAUCAAAUGCGAUAACGUGACAAGCAGCAAUGUAGUAUACAGUGGCGUGGUGGAUAUUUAGAGGAGAAAGUCAUUAUAAGCUGAAGCAAAUAUCGACUGUAAAUAUCGAUUGUAUGUCACCGUGUGUACGAUGUGUCAAUGUGUGAAGUGUGUAUUUGAGGUUAGAUCACCCAUUGAUGGAACACGUGCGGCUAUAUGUGCAUGGCGCGAAGUUUAAAAAUGAUACCAAAAAGGAAAUGGUUAAAAACAAUGGAAGACUAAAAUUGAACAAUGAUGAAUCAAAACCAUCAAUUAUUGAGCUGUUUCCUUGGAUCCUAGAGUUUAAAAAAAUGUGCAGGUGCAUACAUACAGAAAAAAGUAUGGCAUCUUUAACAGAACUUAUGCAAUUUUAUGUGAGAAAUGUAAGUGUCAGUGUAAAUGAAUGUUACACAAGGCCUUUAAGAGCAGCAAAAUUAAAGGAUUCUAUUAGUGAGACUUUAAUGUUGUUCUUAUAUAUUUAUCGUGAACUUUCUGAGGAUCAUGAUAGGUUCAGUUAUUUAAAUAAUAUGUCUGACUUAUUAGCGCUCUAUAUAGAUAUGGAAUUAAAAGCAUCUAGGAAAAGCAGAGAAAAUCAUGAUAAAAUUUGUGCAAGGAUUACUUCUUGUCUUUAUGUUUAUCUAGAACAUUCCAUGGAACAUUUAUUAGAUACUUUAAUCAAGGUACAACUAAUGUGUUGCAGUUAUCAUCAUAUUUUAGAUCCAAUUAUAACGAAAAUAAUAAAAAAUAUUCCCAUUCACCCAGAAUCAAGUAUUAUGUAUAUUCGUUACUUUUUUAUUUAUCGUUUGUGGAGAAAAAUAAAUGAAAAUGUGGCUGUAAAAGAUCAAAUAACAGCUGCUGCAAUUGCAUCUCUGGGGCCAUUGCCAUCUACAUUCUCGUCAAGUAUAUUAGAAGAUGUAUUGCCAAAAGUGCCAAAGAGUCAACCAAAUUCUACAAAAGCUCUAUUGCAGCAUAAAUUUGAUAUAAAAAAACAUUGUGAAAUGUUUGCACAAUAUUGCAGAAAAAGCAAUGGAAGUGUAUACCAGGACGGAAUUGCAACUCCCAUUGAUUCGUCCAGUAGAAUUAAUUCAAAAAUGUCGGAAGAUAUGGUUAAGAAAGAUGUAGAAUAUGUAGAUAAUAACGUGAAUUCAAUUAUAUCAGAUAAAAAUAAAAAAAAUGAAUCUAUUUCUUUGCUAAAUACUUUUAAAACUUUAAAUUUGGAAGAACAAACUAGUUUUAAAUGUUUAGGUACUUUUUCGAAUAAUAUUUCUACGGAGCAUGUUAAUUCUAAAACAAUUAAAUCAAAUAAAGGUCGUUUGCGGAGGAAAUGUAAAAAGUCUAAUGAGAUUGUAAUUAUUGAUUUAACUAAUGAUAUAGUGCUCGAGAAAUGUAUAAAGAAACGAAAAUCUAGAAAAUUACCAUGGUUAGAAGAAGCAAAAAAGAAUAUCGAUUUAAAGAUAGUAAAAGCAUCACACAAGAAGAGAAGACAGGAACAUGUCGGACUUACACAUCCAUCAAAUACCUCACGAAAUAUUAGUCAUCGAUCGGAAGAUUCCUCUCAAUCGGUAUGUGCCACGAAAAGUCUCAGUGAAAAAAAUGAAUCUAAUAUAUGCCGAACGGUUGUCCUUAAAAAUGAUGAAAAUAAGAUGGAAAUCGACAAAGAGUUAAUAACUUGUACAGAAAGUAUAAGAAAAUCGAUUGGUACGGAAGUCAAUACUAAAGAAGUAAAUAUUAAAGCGUCUACAAUGAUCAGUAAAACAGUUCUAACCGAGAUACUCCCGCUAACGAAGCAAGUAUCAAAAAUUUCAAACAGCGUUGUUAAUGGUAAUUGUUUAAGUAAUGCAGAUAUUUCGAAUAUACAGAGCGACGAGAAGGAGAAUGAUAGUUUUAAUAAACAAACUGUGAUCAAGCGAUUGACAGAAACAGACGUUUUCUCAGAGCCUGAAACACGCGAAAAAGUUGAAAGUUUUAAAAAAGUCUGUGAUCUAGAAACAGAAUGCCCAGGUGUAAAUAAUACCACAAUUUGUACUCAGUAUAAUUCCAAAGAUAACGCUGAUAGUUCUAAUCGUUCUAAUUUUAAUGUAAUUAAUGACGAGGUAACCGAAAGGAUAACAUUGUCGGAAAACUUCGAGCUCGAAAGGAAUAAUCAAAAUGUCUCGAGCGACAAAAUGUUAAAUAAUACUUGUUUCAGUGAAAGUGUUUGUAAAUCUGACUACUCUAACAGCACCGUUAAUUCCGAGAUUAGACGCGAUGAAUUAAUUACGCCGCAAAAUAAUGAUAGAAACGAAACAAUCUCUACUGGAAGAAUCCAGAAAGUUGAAGCUUCUCCUGUUAAAAAUGUAUUAGAUUAUGAGGAGAAGCAAGGAUCAUCGGGUAUACUUGUCGAAAUUUCGACAAUGCAAAAGAAGCUUGAAUCGCGAAUGGAAUCGAAAUCAUCAAAGUUCGUAAACAGAGCGAAAGAUGAAUUCUGCACGCGACCAGAAUUAGAAAUCUGUAGUUAUGAUGAAAUAAACGAGAAUAUAAGAGAAAAUAAAUCAAGCAUCGAUAAUAUUAGAGAAUCUAUUUUCGAAUCUUAUUCUACGGAUAAGAAAGAUAUUUCUAAUACAAUUAAUGCAACGUGCCCGAAUGAAAAUAUUGAAAAUAAUGAAAAUAACGAAAAUUCUUGUAUCGAUACAAACUUUAAGAAGCCUGUAGGAGACAAGUGCGAUAAUGAUAUUGGCAAAUAUGUUAAUAAGGAAGAUGUUCCUUGCAAAUCUGACAAAGUAUCAUCAGAAAUCACGCCAAAGGAGUGUAAUAAUUUAUAUAAAGUAACAGAGGAAAAAAAUGUGUGUACCGUUGCCAAAAAUAAAUAUAUCGUUCAAGAUUCUGAAUUACAAGACAAUAUCGAUGGUCUGUCGUUGUUGGCGAGUGUUUCGCAGCAUAUACCACAUUUAAAGCCUGAAUCCGACGUAAAAUGCGAUCAAAUAAAAGUAAAGGAUUACGCAUCUUUGAGGUAUGCGUGUUACAAUCAAAUCACUGAUGACGAGACUGAUACAAAUGAUUCGUCAAAUACCGUUUCCCUAUUACUUGAAAAUCCAUCCGCAGAAAUAAUCAAUAGAAUCGUUGGCAUUUAUCCCGAGGACACCAUAGAUAAAGUCGAGCUUCGAGUAGAAGUAACAUCUAACGAAGCGGAGAGUGGAAACGGUGAUAGCGAGUUGUGUAAAGUCAUUUCUCAUCCGGAAACAAGCAUAAAUUACGACACGGACGCGCUGACGCAUAAUUUCGCCCCCAUUGAGAACAAUGCGCAAACCGUGAAAGAGAAUACAAACGUAAUACUAAACGGAGAAACCAUAGUUUUGCUGCAAAAGUCUCCUAACAGUAAUCUGUAUAUUAUAAACAAAGCAGUUGAAAAUUUGGAGGAUCACGCUAGCGACGAGGAGAUCAAUAGGUUAAAAGAGAAAAAUUGGAUAUCUCCAACUGAAGAUUGUGGACAAUUCGAAGCUAUAACUUCUCUGGACUAUGCGUCGUGUAAUUUGGAAUUAACUUCGUACAACAAGGAAUUACCGUAUCAAGAGAACAAGUGUUCCGUAGAAGGGAUCAAGAUUGAACCGGAAGAUAAGAAUUUCGCAGACACGAAAGCAUAUUCAAAAAAAGCACCGCUAUCGACCGACAUGCUUUCUGUCAAUUCGCAAAUGUAUCAGGAGGUAAACUUAAUGAGCAAAUCGAUGGAUAAGCGGAAAUCAAAAUCGAAUCUCACCUUCCGACAAAAUAUCAAACAAGAAUUCAAUAUCUCUAAUCAUAUCGCACCGAACUGCGCGAUCCCGGGAUUCAAUGGAAUUCACUCACACCCACACGAAGUUAACGCUCAACAUCCCUUACAUAUAUCUGCCACUCAUCCAACUACCUUACCACCGAUCUAUGGAAAUUGUGCAGCCAAUGGGGAAUUAUGCGUACCAUAUCAUAAACAUUGCACCUCGGUAUCGUGUAGUUUGCAAAUUAAUGCUAACACUUCCCUUCAUUCGCACGCGAAAUCGGGUAGUUCAUGCGGAAGAUCGCAUUGCUCCUGUUUAAAUUGCACCUACGAUAUCGUCGCGCAUUGCAGACAGUGUAUACACCCAGCGACGGAUACACACGUGUCUUGUAUCGAAAGUAGUCCGUAUUUUUUGCCAACGCAUUCGUCAGUACAAAGCCCUGCCGUCCAAGAGCAUGACAGAGCAAAGAAUGAAGUCGUUAUAGAAAAAUUAUACGACGAUCAAUUAUUGUGUAAAAUAGAGAACAACCUUUUGCAAAAUAAGUCAUUGGAAAAACUGGGAGUACAGUGCGAUUCAGAAAAAGGAGUGUUUAAAAAAGAUGCGGAGAAUAAGUUGCCUUUAAAGAAAAGGCUGAAGGCGCAUGCUAUGGCAUAUGCGGGCACACCUAUAAAAACUGAAAAAAUAGACAAUUAUCCAGCUAUGCCUAUGAUGUCUAUAGCUGCUUUAGAAGCGUUAGACAAUACACGGAAGAGAUCUGAUCAAAUCGUUAAAUCCGAAUACGAACUGUCUCUUACGAAAAAGCAGGAACUGCAUAGUGACUAUCAUUGCAAUUCGCAUUUGAUAAGAAGAAAUUAUUACAAAGAUGUACAGGAUACCGAAUCACAUCAAAAUCUCGCGAACGAAAAUGCAAGGAAGAUCGAAUGUCAAUUUCGAUCGACAAAUGAUCAAACUAGUAAUACUAUAUAUCAAGAAUCUUGCCUUCAGAGGACAGUUAAAACAUUCGAGCAACAGGAAGAGGUGAAUCUAUUAGACGUGACGUCGAUAAAGCAAUUUGAGAUAGAAACGAUAGAGCAGGAAGGAACGUAUAAAAGGGUAAAGAAAACACAGUCGCCUCUUCGGCAAACAAGAAGCUCAAAAAGAAACGUUCCUAAAGUAAAUUAUUCUUACACCGAUGUUGAUCCAGAGUGGAAUCCGUCCGGUGAGUCAAAACGCAAACGUAAAAAGACUAGUCGAUGAUCGAUACCACCUCAUUAUGGAAAUUCAUUACUGUAAGAAAUUUUUCUGAGAUUUAAAUAAUUAAGUGUACAUUACUCCUACAAGACUGUGGCAUCAUAAACUUGUAAAUGUUGUAUAAAUGAGAAGAUAAAUUAUCCUGGGAAGAUAUUUACAUACCGGCGAAGUGUAUAGUACAAUGCUCGAAGAUCAAUAUUAGCGUAAUUUUUUUUAAUUUUUAAGCAGCAUCAUGGAAGAUAUUUACAUUUAGUAGAUUGUACGUAUAUUUUGUCGGACACGGACAGUUUCAUACUAAAACAAUAGAAAAUUCUUUAGUGUUCGUAAUUUACUGUGUAUAAAACUGUGCAGUAUUAUACUCCAUUUUAUCAGACUACUAGUUAAUUUUGAUAUAAAUUCUCUGAUUUUAAUUAAAUUCAGUAUAUUUGUAAUCAUUUAGAGCAAAAUUUCGUCAUUUAUAAAGUAAUUAAAAUCUUUUAUAUGAAUCGGAUAAAAAUUACUUUUGUAUAUAAUUUUGUAAAUAUAUUAUAAUCCAAAAUAAUUGUAUGCAAAUUUUACGAUUUUAUAACUCGCAUAUAGAAGGUAAGAUAAUUUACGUUAACAAAUAAUUUUAAAUACAUUCUGCUAAGCUACAUGAAACACCAUGAUGUGGUACAAACAACUCGAUAUUUUUAUAUAAACUAAUAAAAGAUAUUCUUUAUCAGCUUUAAAAUUAAAUUUUCAUUAAAUACAUGUUCGUAUGUAUUCAUAGCAUAAGAUUUUAUGUAGCAAAGUAUGAAUUACCGUAGUACAUAAAACUACUAUUAACUUUAAUCUCUUUGACAAACAUUAGAUUUUAUAUUUUUCAGUUUGAUGGAAUAAAAUUAUUUAAAUUCAGAAAAAUGAGAAAAGCUGGCUCAUGACAACAUUAUAGUUUAAAAGAAUUUGGAUAGAUUAAUUAUUUCCUCCAGAUUAAUAUUGAAAAAUUUCAAGCAACUGCUUAAUUCGCAAAAUGUGAUGUCAAUAAAUUUGCCAAAUAACAUAGAAAUAACAGUACCGUCAUACAAAAAUAGAACAGGAAAAAUGAACUUCCUUCGAUUUUUUAACCUGUCCUUUUAAUACAUAUAGCAGCAUUAUUUGUUAUAGAUAUACUCUUAGAGAUCACAAUGCAAGUAACAUAGCUAGUCAUCACUUUUUAGUUAUGAUUUAAAACAUAUUUAGUUUACAUGUUACUAAAAUAAAACACGAGAAAGUAAUAUGUAUUCAAAAAUUUCAGGUUAAAAUCGAAAACAUCACGUAAAAUUAAAAAAAUGUACUUAGACUUUGUAUACUUACCAAAAUGAUAGAGCUUUGUUACAUGGAACGUCAUUCGAUACAAUACUCGAAUUUAUAGCGCCUUUACAUAAUUUAUGCUUUAAAAAUUUAACAUAUUUUAAAAAAUUAUUCGAUUAUUUUUCUCAAGUGUUUGGAUAAAGUACAUGUAUCUCGCUGUACAAAUUCUAGAUUUAAAAAGAAGGAAAUGUAACUUUUGGAAGUUAAACUUUAAAGAGAUUAAAGAAUUCUAAUAGUUAAUUUACUUUUCUUCAAUUAUUAUUUCUCAUUUAUGUAUAACACAUAUAUUCACUCGUUUGAAAAUACAAGGUUAUUUGCAUAGUUCAGUGCCAUAUUCUUGUGUUUGAUAUCUGUGAUUAUUAGCUGACUAAUGCUAAAUUAGUAACGUGUUUUAUUGUACAAAAAAUGUAUUUGAUUGAAUACUUAAAAACUAUCUGAAAUUUAUAAUUAAUCCGAAUUUGAUAUUUAUAAACAUUUCUACAUAGAGAAAUAAUCAUAAUCAAGACAAGCUACUUUGCAAUGCAAUUUUUUCGUGCAAAUAAUACGAAAUUUCAUUUCGAUUACAGAAAUUAUGUAGGUAACUAUAACUUUUACGAUGUAUAAAAAAAGACAUGCGAUAUUAAUGCAGCAGAUAAACGUUUAUUAUUCCUUCUUUAUCGUUACCAUUUAUUUUUUCAAAAAAAAAGUCUGAUAGGUUUAAGUUAACGUAACAUAAUUCGAUAUUAAUUAUUACAAUCGCGAUUAAAUGAUUGCCAAAUGUUUCUAUUUAUGCACAUGACCAUAUGGAUAGUUUGUUACUAAGAAAAUUAUCCUAAGCGCCAAGCAUUUAUUAGCAAAAGUCUGAUAUCCUAAAAUAUAAUUUAGAGUAGUAACAUUGCAUCAAAUGCCUCAUUCAUUCGUGUUCAUAAAAAAAAAUUGAGUACUGUGUAUGUGUAGAACGUUAUGUCAUAAUAAUGAAUAAACUUGUAUUUACAUACAUUUGUAAAUUACAUGCAUUACGCAGUGCAUAGACUGG